AGCCAAAACAAACCAUCGUUUCCUUAGAGUGCGAGAACUUUGAGUUUGAUAUUUGUCUCUGUGUGCGGCCACCAGUUUCGGUCUGCAAUUGAAGAACGUUAAGUGAAAAUAAUGUUUGCGUUUGCGAUGAGGAGAGCAGACGAGAUGCCGGCGUCCACCACGCCGUUCUUUAAUUACUGCACACUCACUAGAUGUUGACUAUCAUCAAAGUGCCUAUUGUGCUGGUUCGAACAUACUUAAAAUUCUAACUCCUUCCCACCAUGCCCUUUCCGUCCCCGUCGAGCGAGUGAAGAGGCGUUUUCGUCCAUGCUGCACACAACCUUCCAGGUGGACGAGGCCAAUCCACAAACGAACGACCCAUCCCUUUCUGGCAACACCGGAACACGACCUACGAUGAGCACAGCAGCUAGCGUGGUAACAUCAACAUCGCCACCUUCUGUUUCUGUAACUGGGCCUGAAAUUGUGGUUACAGGGUUGAGAGGUGCUGGACCACCUUCUUCUACCACUACAACUGUGACCGCUGCAGAAAUAAAACCGACCUCCACAGCUCUGCCCGCCCACGACCUCCCCGGCGCGCCUUCGCGCCGCCUCGCUUCGUCGGAUGGCGCCAUUAUCGGGAUCGUCGCCGUGCUCGGUGCGCUGCUUGUCUGCGGCGCCGGGCUGUUCGUGUUUUUCGGGUCGCUCCGCGAGGGGCUCAAGCGCGCCGACGCCUUGCGCCGGAAAAACCGGCUGCAGAACCCCAUCCAGUGGUCCAACUUGCAGAACCAGGAACCAAAGGCCGGAGCCGCGGCGCCGCCCAAGCCGGCCUUGGUGAAGCAAUCGGACAGCCAGAUUUUUCAGCACUACAAGAAACGCGUGUCCUUCCGAAACGAGCUGGUGGAGACCUUCUCGCCUUCCCUAUCAACUGCAAUAACAUGUGUGGGUCCUCUGGGAGAAAAAUGCAAGGUUUGUCAUGCAGGGGUAGCACCAUGACUCCCAAGUCUGUCAUGCACAUUGCCCAAAAGCUGCCAGGGUGUCGUUUCUCUGUCGUGCAGAAACGCAGCUUGUCAUGUGAGAUAGACAACAAACACUAUACUAUAGCGGCUCUAAAAUUUCUUGUGAUGCUUGGCUUCUUAAUCAGUGGAGGCGUCCGCGUGAUUGAUUCGCCCCAUACUAGCAUCCCAAGUUUAUUCCAGCCCCAGGCCACAUGUUCUUAUGCAAUGCAUACUUCCACAGCGAGCACGACAGCAUCGGUUCGCCGCUUAACGCAAGGGGUUCUCCGCGACAUCUCCCAAGAGCCAAGUCUGCGCUGAAAAACAAGGGUGCAGCUGGGGAGCAGGUUGGAACUACGGGAGGGAGCGGCGGUGGCGGUGGGGCGGCCACUUACCCCGGCCAAUUGCAGCUCCAGGACGGUCGGUACAACGAUGACGAGCAAAACGAGCAGUCUGUCUCGGUCUCCGUUUCAUCGCCGUCAGUGUCGCCAGAUGAUGACGAUGAAAUGAGACACAGUCCCGGCGGCCGCCAACAGCAGCCUCCCGGUGGCUUGAAUACAGGCCGAAGUGAUCUAGACGAGGAAUCGCCAACCGAUCUGCUGUAUCCUGUGCAAAAGUAUCGUACUCGUAGUAAUUGCAGCCAUGCAUGAGAAAUCCAACUUUCUACCCGAACGCGCAUGACAAGUUGCGUUUUUGUUCUUGAGGAAAUUUGUAAUGCGAUUACUUAUACAUUAUAUUAAUGCGAAAAAAGACGUAGACAGAGGGUCCCAGAGAGGUGGCCGAGAGGUAAAAAAGAGGUCGACAGAGGCAGAAAAGAGGUCGACAGAGGGGGAGAGGUGGCGCGGGACCCCGUUCGAGAGGGUCCGCGAGAGGGUGCGCGAAUAAGGCCCGCAGUAAGGGCCCACCCUUAGGCGCCGCCUAAGUGGCACAGAGGGUGCAGAGAGGUCAAAAAGAGGGGGCGCGAGAGGUCGACAGAGGUGGCGAGAGGUGGCGCGAAUAUAUAAGGGGCGACCUCUCGCGGACCCUCUUGGCCACCUCUCGGCCACCUCUGUCGACCUCUACCCGAGAGUAUAGCCGGAUUAUUAGCGGGGACCCCCAAAAGAGGUCAAAAAGAGGGUCUGCGAGAGGUCUGCGAGAGGGUAAAACACAAAGAAGCGGGCGCGAAUCCGCAUGGCACUACCCAUAUUUGGCAUUGCAGGCCAUUCGCGGAGCUGUUUAUUUUGCUCGGCGCCUUUCCGCGCCACCCUCUCGCGCACCCUCUCGCGCCACCCUCUCGCGCCACCCUCUCGCGCACCCUCUCGCGCCACCCUCUCGCGCCACCCUCUCGCGCUACCCUCUCCCGCCGGGCGGCUUCUGUUCGCCCCCGGUGUUCUUUGCAGCUGCUCCCUGCGCAGAGCGCCCACAGGCGCGGGAAGCGCGCAAGUGGUCCUGCGGGUUGGCGCGGCGCAAUAUGUUUCGUUGUGCAUAGGCCCGCGGGGUUGUGGUCCGAUCGGCAAACAGUCUUGCCCCGGCCCAACAGCCUUGCGCUCCGGCGGCAGCCGGAGCAUGGCUGGUUUCUACUAGUGCGAUAGUUUUGCAAUGCAUAUGCUGCUGCAAAAAGCCGCCGGGCAGAAGGAAGGUCGGGGGUCCGACGUUUACUCGUCAAAGAUCGUACCCACGGGAGGAGAAAGUGAACAAAUAGACGACCCAGAGGGAGGAGGACCACGAGCGUCCCUGAUAACCAGGAAGGAGGAGAUCGCAACGGCAAUCAAGCCGCUGUUCAGUUCGAGUCCAAGUAAAGAAACGGUCGCGAGAGGUGAUACAACUGGCGGCUCUACUGUAAUGGGAGCUGCAGUAUGCAAUGCAAAAGCAUCGUACUAGAAGUAUAAAAUGCAUUACAAAUUAGAUUAGCACGAGAAAUGGAAUUUGUCAUGCUGAUCUACCUUGGGACGGAGAUUUGUAAUGCAUAAAUGCAAUUACUACGAGUACGAUGCUUUUGCACCGGAUACGCAGUUGUGAAUGACGAUAAUAGUGGUGAGGUCCUCACCGACACCUCUAUUUUCAACAAAUCUUCGCUUGCAAGCAUGAACGAAAGGGAAAAGGAAAGGCUGGAACGGAGGAAGCAAUAUCAAAAGGAAAAAUCCCCCCUCCCCAUAUCGAGAAGGUAUGUUCCCGAAAAUUUGUGUUGCUGAUUUGAGGGUACAAAUCACAUUUGUCUUGCAAAGAGACCCGGCAGAAGCUUCCGCCCCAUUAUGGAAGCAAUUUGUCAUGCUGUUUAGCCUAAAAGUGAGCCGCUUGCCGUGCUGAACAACUAGACCCAUACGCCCCUACCUAGCCUGGGGAUCUGGCCGCAGUGCCUCGCUGCAAUACAAACCUGAUUGGUGUACACACAUCCAGCAUCAGAAAUUUCGUUUUGAUAUGGGGAGGGGGGAUUUUUCCUUUUGAUAAGCAAAGCGCCGCGUUCACGCCGCCACCGAAUCCGGCUGUCGUUGCCAUGCAGCGGAACGAUAUCAACUGCAAAUACGUCUGGGUCUGGGAGAUUGCGAGCUUUGUCAUGCUAGUCUGCCAUGACUCUGAGCGCUGUAUUGCGUGCCCGCGCAGAGCGCCUCUUGUCUGCCAUGCAAAAACGCAGUUUCUCGUGCGGAGUACGCAACUCCGAGUCCGAACUACGGAAUAAAAGCCUGUCAUGCUGGGGAGCGCAUUGCAGUUUUCUCAGUAAUCCCUUCCUUGCAUCACAAGUUUCCAGACCCAGACAUGUUUGCAAUGCAUAAACGACCCCAUUCAGCAACUGAAGGAGAAGGAGGCCAUGCUGGAGGAGGCCAGGCGGGAGCAGGCACUGAUACUGGAAAAAGCGGCGAAAAGCAAUCUGAAGGUCGAGGGGGAUGCUCCGGUAGCUUCUACAUUGUUUUUCUUAUCUGUUUGUCGAAUUUCUUCUUCAUCUUCUCUAGUACUCAUUUGGUUUCUACUGAAACUGUAUUAACUCGGAGCGUGGUUCGCGAUCGCGUUCCAUACAAUAAAUUCCUGGACCUUCGCGACGAGAUGAAUCAGUUUUUCAUCUCUAAACUACAAGCCGAAUAUACUAAAUGUAAAUCUUCACAGCAAGACGACGAGGGGCAGAUGCUGGAGGCCGCUCUGUCCCAGAGCUCACGAAUCCGCACGAAAGAGGAGGACGAUCUGCAAGAAGCCUUGAAGCGCUCUCAGCAGAUCGACGACGACGACGAUUUUGCGCGGGUUCUCCGGCUCUCCGAAAAAGAAACUUCCAUGCGGGGAGGACACCAAAGUGGCGCAGCCACCAGCGCCUCUACUGCGGACGAUAUAGACGAUGACUUGGCGAAGGUUUUGGAAAUGUCCCGGAAAGAAAGCUUCCCGCAGGACCGCGAACUGGAGGAGGCGUUACGCUUAUCCCAACAAGAGGAGGAACGACGGCAGAAGGAGAUCUACGGCACGAUCCAAAAUCGGAACAGCGCCUCGGCUAUCAAAUGCAAAAAUGUCUGGGUCUGGAAGAGUGUGGACUUGUCAUGCAGGUUUUCCAUGACCCUCGAGGUCUGGAAUGCGGGACCUAGCAUGACAGAGGCUGUGAGGUCUCUUUCAUGCCUAUUCUGCAUGAGAAACUGCCUCGAGCCUUGUUCAAAAGUGGACCUCUUUUGGUAAUCAUGCAACACAGAUUUUUGCAUGAUUCGGAUUUAGCAUGACAAGUUGCAAUCUUCCAGACCCAGACACUUUUGCAAUCCAUAUCGGCCGGAUCCAUGUCCAGCUACCGUGCGGCCAGCAGUACUAGCCAGGGCGUGCCGCCGCCAAACAGGCGAAACCUGUCCUCCGGAUCCGCCGGGUCAGCCUUCUCCGCUGGGUCCGCCUCUGCGGCGAGUUACCACGGCGGUGGAUCUGCGUCGUCCGCCAGUAUAUGCUGCGCAAAAAUGUCGUACUUGUAGUGAUUGCAUUUAUGCAUUGCAAGUUUCUUUUUCAAGGUACAUCAGCAUCACAAAUUGAAUUAAUUUGUAAUGCUGGGCUAAUUUGUAAUGCAAUUUAUACUAGUGCGAUGCCUGUUUUGCAUUGCAUACAGUAGCUCCGCCUACAAUUCCCCACUCGGGUCGUCCGGACCACACAGUGGAAAUAAUCUCACGCGCGGGGCCGCGGGGUAUGGACGUGUGGCAGAAGGCUGAGUCGAGUUUGGAAUAGUACGUCACAUAUGAUGAAAACGAAGAUUUUGAACUGUGCAAGGCCGGCGGAAGUAAGGAUACGGUCAAAUUUCAUCAUGCAUGACGUCGUUAAUCUUGAUUAUGCUACUUAUGGCUCGCAUUGACAUUGAGCGUGCGUCUGAUUCUGGUUUAUACUCCGAGUAUGUUUCUUGUUUACCGAUACCGCUUAUCCUUCCUGUCGUGAGAACAGAUUGCCCUCCUAGAAGCAAACUCGACUCACGCUUGCAUCGCGAAAACAACGGCGCCUCUUCGCCUGGGGGUGCCUCAUCGUCAUCGAACCCCGGAAAUAGCAGCGGCGUCAGGUUAGUCAGCAAGUACUCUCAGGAAGGGAAGCAAACCGCGAGUACCAGUUCCCAAAUGCGGUUUAUCGAGGAUGACUGAAGAACAAGAACGGGGGAGGACAAGGGGAAAAUGAAUACGCGCAAAAAUCGAAUCCUCCAAGGCCUUGUGCUGCUCGGUACAUUGAACUCAGCAUAAUCUGGUAACCAAAUGCGUGCGUGCGCGCGCGCAGAGCGCGCGCCGGCCCACGAAGCCGGCGCGCGCGCUCUGCGCGCUUGCGAUAUUGCGUAGCAAACGCAGCGCGAAGGCAGUUGCCGUUACCAUAUAGGGCAACCGCCGGGAGGCGUGAAGGUCAGGGAAAUGGCCAGAAAUGAAGUGGGAGAAGGGAAAAAAAGCGGACCAGAUGGGAAAAUGGCCAGGAGGGCAAAAAUGUCGCAAAAACGGCAGAAACCAAGCGGGAGAAGGUGAAAAAAGAGCAUUUUUGCGGUUUGGCCCACUUGAUAUCUGAAAAAUAGACGGACUGUUUUUUGCUCCGCCCGCUGGGCAGCUGCGUUGGAGAAGCAGGCCCGCGACCUGUCCGGAAGCCUUGGGCCGCUUCGUAACUGGAAAAAGUUGGAAAAAAAUGGCAAAAAUUUGCUUCAUACCGUGGGCGGAAGCAAUCGUCGGAUUUUGUGCAGAUCCCCCGGGCCACUUGGAAAAUGAAAAAAGAUGAAAAAUCGCGCAAAAGCGCAAUCCCUCCGCAGGCUUCAAAACUGCCAGUCAGGUGGGGGCGGUGAAAAUGUGCAGGUCGCCCGGGCCACUUGGAAAAUGAAAAAAGAUGAGAAAUCGCGCAAAAGCGCAAUCCUUCCGCAGGCUUCAAAACUGCCAGUCAGAUGCGGGCGGUAAAAAUGUGCAGGUCGCUGGGGCCACUUGGAAAAUGAAAAAAGAUGAAAAAUGGCGCAAAAGCGCAAUCCCUCCGCAGGCUUCAAAACUGCCAGGGAGAUGCGGGCGGUAAAAAUGUCCAGGUCGCCCGGGCCACUUGGAAAACAGAAAAAGAGAAAAAAAUGCGCAAAAGCGCAAUCCCUCCGCAGGCUCCGAAACUGCCAGGCAGCUGCGGUCGGUGAAAAUGUCCGGAGCCCUUCGGCCACCUAAGAACCACAAAAAAGAGCGAAAAUUGAAAAAAACCGAGAACCCUCGGCAGGCUUACAAACUGGCCGCCAAGGGCGGUCCGGCGGGCGCGUGGUCGCGCCAUACCAUCGGGAUUGUGAAAAAAAAAACGCAUUAGAAGCGGGCGGAGGGAUGUCACAAAAUCCCUAUUUGCCCUGGUUUGUGGGCACAAAUCCUGCACCUCCGCCGCGUCUGAAAUGCCCGAUUUUGGUGGCCCGGAAGGGUCCGCGGAGAUUCGGCUUUCCGCAUACCUUCUUGGCCAGGAGGCCAGUUUGUCAUGCAGGGGGCUAGAAAGGAUGCCCCGCUGCGAAAUAGCAGACCGGAUUUCGCCUUCAAUGCUUAUCGCAGGAGCCUGCGGGCCGCCGCGGGCGACAGUAGUUGUCCGCGGCCCUUUAGGGCCGCGGGGAAGUGGUGGAGCCCGCGGCGGCCCGCAGGCUCCUGCGAUAAGCUUUGAAUGCGAAUCCGGAAGCCCCCGAUGACCCAGAUACCUUCCUGGCCAGGGGGCCAGUUUCUCAUGCAGGGGGCUUGAAGAAGAAGGAGUGGGACUGUAAUCAAAAAUAAAUAGCGCCAAAGCGCGGCCCGCAGGGCCGCGCUUUCGCCGCGCGGCUGGUUAGGCUUUCGCGCUGGUUAGAAUUUCGCGCACGCAUUUGGUUACCAAUAUCGCCCUCCGGGCGCGACCUUCAUAAAUCAGGUUGGUACAACAUUGCGACAAGUGGUCCUCUUCGCUGUUUUUACUACACUGCUGGCGCCUGCUGACUGCGACUCUGUUGUUUUGCAUACGCAGGUUUGUUAUUUCCGCUUCUUGAACAGGGCGGAACGACGUCGUGUCCUUGACCAUGUAAGUAAGUACACGGAGCAAUGACAAACACAGGUGCAUACUUACCUCGUAGCGCCUGUAGUUGUGUUGUACAGGGAACAGCUGCGAUGUAUUGUACUCUGCAACUUGUAGUACUAGUAGUAGUUCCUUUUCAUCCCAUUCGUGUUCAUGAGGUACUUAUCCGCAUAAAUUCUUCUGUUGGUUAAAGUUUGUUUCGUGGUCCCAUCUUGAUACGACCUCCGUUUGUGUUGUGGUUCCAAACAUACAAUUACAACUCCGUGAACAAUAAAAUAUCGGUUCAAGAAGAUGAACUAGGCUCGGCCUUCU